UUUGGGGUGAUUUUAUCAAGAAGACCUGGCAACCAUCGGCCCCAGCACAGAGGCAAAUGCGGACUGCUUAGCUCCUUUGCUAGCAACAUACAUGUGGAGGGGAUCACAUCCCAAACUCUGCCCAAUUUCCCCUUUAGACCGCCAAAUAUCGCCACCUUCCCCUGUAGCCCUCACAACAAACGCGUUUUCUUCAACAUGAAAGGCCGGAUCGAGUUGGGGGACGUUACUCCCCACAACAUUAAACAAUUGAAGCGUCUGAACCAAGUGAUAUUCCCUGUCAGCUACAAUGACAAGUUUUACAAAGAUGUUCUGGAGGUAGGAGAGCUCGCCAAGCUAGCGUACUUCAAUGACAUUGCAGUCGGUGCCGUGUGCUGUAGAGUGGAUCAUUCUCAGAACCAGAAGCGACUCUACAUCAUGACAUUGGGCUGCCUAGCACCUUACCGCAGACUUGGCAUAGGAACAAAAAUGCUGAACCAUGUGUUGAACAUUUGUGAGAAGGAUGGCACUUUUGACAACAUUUACCUUCACGUGCAAAUUAGCAACGAGUCUGCAAUUGACUUCUACCAGAAAUUUGGCUUUGAGAUCAUCGAGACAAAAAAGAACUAUUACAAGAGAAUAGAGCCUGCAGAUGCCCACGUUCUUCAGAAAAGCUUACGUAGCCCAUGUGCGCCCCCCGCAGGAGAGCUACAGAAAGCCGACUAGGGGUUGAAGCAGACUCGGAUUGGUCUAUUCCCCAAAUGGAACUGUAACAGAUGCCCCAGGGUUGACACACUCACCACUUUUUUCAGAGGACAUUUGAGACAGAAAAGUCAAUGACAUAAUUGCUGCAUUUAUUGUGCAAAAACCGUAGUCCCCCCAAAUUUGCAUUUUUUGUUUGUUUAUUUAGAGAGUUGAAAUUAAAUGGAGGUUUUCAAGCAGAAUCCAUAAGUGCUCCAAAAAGCUGCUGACUGGUGAAGGUUAUGUUUGCAAAGCAUACUGUUCGCAUUUGUUUUAGAUUUGUUUAAAGGUAAGGGGACAUAGCUUUGCUUGGACAAAACAAUAGAACUAAAGAGGUAAAGUCUUUCUCAAUAUGACAGUUGCUGACUCAAGAUGUCCCACCUGGCAGACCUUGGAGUAAUUGUUCGAAUCGUCAGUCGUUGAAACCGAAGACAUGGAAUCGUCAGAACUCGAUCACCCCAAUACCAAGCCCUUGGACGCAUGGCAAGUGAAUUUACUGGUGGCUGAGACGUCCUGUUUUACCAUACAGGCAAUAUGCAAUGUUAGGGUGUUGCAUGUGAUGCAACGUCUUCUGUGAUGUCAGCCGCCUCAUUCUGUCUCGAGGAAAAGGAGCACAGAGCCCCCUCGAACAAGAGAGUGGGGUAAACUAUUUGGGGGUUAAGGGGAGUAAACUCCACUUGUUUGUGAAUGUUUUUUUCCAGCCCAUUAUUUAAAAUCCCCCAUUUUUUUUUAAUUGUGGAUUGAGUCUGAACUUUUUCUGGGGUUUGCUAUAAUGCUGCUGGUGAGAUGUAAUGCUUUUAGAUUGCAAACAGUAAUGGCUUUUAUGGGCCUUGACGGUUGUGUUGAAUUUGGUGAAUGUGGUUCUGUAGUUAUUUUUAAACCACCAAGUUAGAGUUCAGUACUGUUUGAAAGUUUUCAUCUGAGUGUUUAUAAAUUUGAAUCUUAGUUUCUCACACUUGCAAGCAGAACCAAACUAAUUCUACUAAUGUUACGUUUCAGUGAUGUUCACUGAUUACCACCUGUUUCCCAUACACAAUGUGGGAGUGUUGCUACAAGUUAUUUAUAUGGGACUUAAAGAUCCAGAUCCCAGGAAAAGCCCAGACUCAGUGCAUGCCAGGGGAGACGUGCCAUCUCCAUUGUAGUUAAAGCAUGUUUUUGGUUCCUCCUUUCUUUGAAAAAUUUUAUCUUUUUCUGGAGCUCUAUAUUGUAUGACUUUUAAACCUCUAAAUAAAAAAUACUAUUUGCAUUA